ACUGUGGUUUCCACCACUUCUUCUGUUGUAAGAAAAUGUCUUGUUUUCGUUUCUUUCCGAGCAGACGGAAAAAAGCAAUGAAGAUUGCAGCGUUCAAUGUCCGCAGGUUUGGUCUCAAGAAAUGCACCGACAGCAAAGUGUUCCCAAUCAUUACCAAGAUUGUGUCGCGGUAUGACAUCAUCGUCCUCAUUGAAGUCUUUGAUGCAAAGGAGAAAGCAGCCAAAAAACUCGUGGAGCAGUUAAAUAGCACAUGUGAGGACCGCGCCUCUUAUAAAUAUAUAAUAAGCAAACCCCUGGGAAGAAACGACUACAAGGAGCAAUACCUCUUCAUCUUCAGGGAGGACUUGGUGUCGGUGAAGGAGCAGUACCAGUAUGAGGACAUGCAGGUGGGAGACGAGGAUUCCUUCGCACGAGAACCUUUCAUCGUCAGAUUUGAAUCCAAAAAGACAGCUGUGAAAGAUUUUGUCCUCAUUCCGGUGCACACGACUCCCAAAGACUCCGUCCAGGAGAUUGACGAGCUGUAUGACGUCUACCUCGCGGUUAAAGAAAAGUGGGAGACUCAGAAUAUUAUCCUCCUUGGCGAUUUCAAUGCAGAUGGGUCCUACGUCUCUGGAAAAAAAAUGAAGACGAUCCGAUUGAGGACUGAUAAAUGUUUCCAUUGGUUAAUUGCUGAUGACAAAGACACCACAGCCACCAAUACGACCGACUGCUCGUAUGACCGGAUAGUCGUACAUGAUGAUCUGAUCCAACAUGUCGUCCCCGACUCAGCCAAGCCCUUCAACUUCCAGCAAGAAUACAAACUGACCGAUGAGGAGGCGCUGGCCGUAAGCGAUCACUACCCGGUGGAAGUGGAGAUGAAACCAGCAAAAGGAAAAGCUGCCAAGAAGAAGUGACCGAUGUCAGAUGUCACCACAUUUCCCAUAGCCAUCCUCCGGCCAGGUCAUUGAUAUCAGAUUGCUGGUGGUCCGACUCCCAAAAAUCAGCUUUUAGAAGGGGGCCUCUUCAUUGUAAACCAAUCACAGCGCCGCCCAUUGGAUAGAGGCUGUGCUUGGUAUUGCAGUGCAGUCCUAUUCACUUGAAGAUGCACAAAGACCGUGUGACUGAUGAACGCGACGUCACUGGUUGAGGAAGACUCUGUGGUUCUUUCCGACAGCUGAACUGUGAGAGUGCCGUGAGUCGGAACCCCUCUGAUCAGAUACUGAU